ACUCAAACAAGCAUAUGGCUCGAGCAGGUCCUCCAGACAAGAUUAAAUGAAAAAAUGGAUAUUCCUGAAUUAUUAGCUGAUGGAGAGUUGCUGUUUUGAGGCCCAAGUCUGAUUCAGCUUUCAAUCAUAAAGGAAUUUCCUGAAAAAGAAGAUUCACACAAACACACAGAAGAUACUUGAAAUGCAUCUUUACAGUUUCUCCAAACAAAACUACAAGUGCCAAAACAUCAGACUAACAAAACCAAAUGCUGGUAAUUCAAGAGGCCAAGUCCCUCCUACACAAUAAGAGUAACUCUGGCAAUUUGAGAGCUUUGAAGUGUCAAGAGUAGUGUGGCAAAUGUUGUUAACUACAUGUAUAGAGCUUAAACACAUAAAAGCGUACAAAAAUGAACCAUUUUCUUUUGGGAAGAGCAGCAGGAGGUAUUUGCCUUAUUCUAAUGUGGAUAUUUUUCUGAAGAUCUGCAAAAUCUUGGGAUUAACAGGAAUCGAUCUUUUCUCCCCAUCAGAUGUUGUCGAAAAAAAAAAUACUCGGAAAGUUUGUAUGUGUAUACGUUUGCUUUCAAAGAAAGCAAGGUCAAAGCACUUAAGUGUUCCAGAUUUUGAUGUGGUCUCUUAUACAGUUGCUAUGCCUACGGAUAUGGUCAGAUGCAUCCGUAGAAGUUUGGAGCAAUCACGACAUAUGUUUUUGAGCACCGCUAGUCAAAAUUUAAAAUGUGUUUUAACAAUGAAUUCAAGGGAGAGAAAUCCCUUUGCAGGCUCUAAUGGAAACCAUGGUUUGUUCCCUGAAGAGUCUGAUGAUAUUGUUGUUCAAUCUGGUGCUUCCUUGACAUAUUCUCCUAGUGAUGCUUCAUCUCAGAAGAAUUAUUAUUCAGUAGAUUCUCCACAAGUAUCUGCAGUGGUUGAAAAAUGCUUUCCUGGAGAACAAUUUUCGUCAUUAGUGGUAGCAAACCAAGAUCAGAAUGAGUAUACACAUAAAUUUGAAUCUCCUUGCUUGAAUGAUCCAGCAGGAUCUAUUUGCUCACAGCUUGGGGAAAAUGAUUAUCACUUGGAUGUUUUGUCUUCAACUUCAUGUGUUGAUUCACCAAUUCGUUUAGAUGUCAGGGCUUCUCAUAUUAAAAAAACCAGGUCUAGACAUAGCUAUGAAAUUAGUUUGCUGGACUUUCGUUAUGGCGAUCUUGAUAUGCAAACUAGUGCUGGUGAGGAGGAUUCCACAGGUGACAGCACACAAGGAAAAAAAAAAGUUCUCCCCCUAUCAAUUUCAACUAUGGUUUGCCAUGAAAUGGAUACCAGUGACCCUAUUCAGUUUGAUGGAGAUGACAGUAUUUUCAAUGGAUACACAAGCCCCAGUUCUCAUGGAUCAAAUUCAACGCCAAGGGCUAUUGAAAAUGGAUUUAGAAACAAACUUGCUGAUGUCAAUGAUGAGGAAUUUUUUUCGAAUCCCUUCAAGAUGUCUUUGCCAGUUGAAUCACAGAACAUAGAAUUUAAUUAUCAAGAUGAUGCAGACCAUGAUUUCAAAGCUUUCUCGUUAGCUGAACUGCAGAAUGGUGAGGUGGAUAACAAAUUUCGGAACAAAAUAAAAAACGAGACUGUCAUGCUCUGCUCAAGUCCUAAUGCUGAAAAGCCAGUUAUUGACAUACAAUUCAUAGAUGAAGGCUUCAAUACCAAGCUUUUCCAACCAUGUUUAGAUAGUCCAUCAUGCAUCACUGAUAAUUCAUAUUGUGAUUUUGUAUAUGAUAAUGGAGUAUGCAAGUCGCCAGAUCCAAAUGAUGAGGGAAAAUUGUCUCGGUUAGGUUCAUAUCAUUUGAAGAAUAUACAUUGCAAUCAAUGUGUGGAUUUGUUGGCUCAGUCUUAUUCUCCACUUGACUUUCGUCUAUGGGAUCAGAAAGGCAAAUGUGUAGUUUGUACAAUAUCUGAUGGAAAGGAUGGGAAUGGGGGUAACAAAACUUCUCCCCAUUCUGUUUUGCAAGUGGGUCUACAAGGGAAAAUUGCUGACUGUAGUCCAGAUGAAGCUGGAGGAGAUGCCAUAUUGCAUGAAGACAUAGUUAACUACAACAAAGAGAAAAGUCAUUCUUCUGGAGAGGAUGAGGACGAGAGGCAUGGCGAGGAUCAUAAACAACAUGAAUUGGUGGAAGCAGUUGAGAUUCCUAAAACAACAGAUGAUUACAGUGUACAAGCAGCAAGGCACAAGUCCUUGAGAAGGCUACUGGUUAAGUCUGUAGUAAGCGGAUCUGCUGUUCUUGGAGUGGUGUUUGUUUUGCUCCACCUCAGGAAAAGUGGCAGUGAGAAAUGGCAUGAAUCAAAUACGCAACCUAUCAAAAAAAACAAGGAAACUGGUAAGAAGCUGUCGCCACAGAAUGAGCAGAAAAAUGGGAUCUAUCCAGCCAAGAAGCUUGCAUUUGGGUUUUAGAGUUUAAUAGAAACUGAGGUAAAUAUAAAACAGAAUAAUCAACUUUCCACAAAAGAAAAGGAUUGUGCUGUUCUACAGAAACUAUUAGAGCCAAGAUAUAUUAUUGAACAAACAGGAAAAAGAGAUAAAAAAAGAAAAAGAAAAAUAUUUAAAAUUGAACUAAAUCAAAAAAAAGAAGAAGAAGAAAUAUUUAUAAUAUUAUUAUUUACAUCAUUUUUCAUGUAUUUGAAUUAUUUCAUUACAAGUGGUUUUGAAUAAUUUAAAAUUACUUAAUGAUAUAAUGAUAUUUUAAUUUUUGUA